UCUGCCUGUUUUGCGAACUUUUCCACAACAUGGUGGUCCAAUGUGGUCCAUAACGAACAUUUUUUUUUGAUAGGACUGGUUAAAAAAUAUAUACCAGAAUCAACCAGUGUGUGGACUUUUAUUAGGGCAAAAAAAAUCAGGAAAUUUAUACUAGUUACCAGUUUAACACCUUUAGCGAGUGUUCUCUCUGUCAACACAUGCAUAUAAGCAUCUGAACAAACCAAGUCCUAUACAAUGCAGUUUUGUGUUUAAUCUGCACAUACUAUCUAUUAGUUGAUAACAUAGUUUCAGCCAUCCAAUACAUCAGACACAUGCUGUAUUUAUACACCCUAGUCUCACUGCUGAAUUAUAACACAGGUGUUGUAAGGUGACAUUGGCAAAAAAUCAGCAGGGUAAAAUGAAUCUAAGGGUUCCAGCUUUUGUUUUUUAUUCAAGUAAAUUAAAUCACAUUGACAUUCAUAAAUCAAACCAUAAUAAACACUUAUCGAAAAAGUAAGUUCGUUUCAUACAAAGUUUUAAAGUGUUUGUUACAAUGUCUACAUAGUUAGCCCCUGUAUACAGUGCUAUCAUGUAAGAAAUAAAAUUAUAUAUAUACAUAAUAUAAAUAAAAAUACCCUAAAUAUCUAUUGUAACUUGUGUUCCAUAUUCUGUGUUAAAUUUAGAAGUUAAAAAGAGGACAUGAACAUUAGGUUCCAAAGCUGAGGACGUGGUUGUAUUUCUGGCUGCACCACCAGAAUAGUAAAGCGAAGAUGAAGGUAAUUAUGGCAGGAUUGCCAAAAACUGGCACAAAGACAAUGCAUGCUGCAUUUGAUAUAAUUGGAUACAGUGUGUAUGAUAUUAUGGAGCAUUUUUGGUUGCAUGGGGACCAAUGGAAUAAGUUUUGGAGCGGAAAAGGGACAAUAGCUGAUCUGGAAGAGAUGUACAAAGAUGUAGACACAUGUGUUGAUGGACCUAUUUUUUACUAUUGGGAAGAACUACUACAAGCGUUCCCAGAUGCAAAGAUUAUUUUAACAAUUCGAGACGAAGACCAGUGGUGGAAAAGCAUGCAAAAACAAGUAGAAAAUAUGCAGUCAAACAAGAUGUUCUCCGCAAUGAUGACGCUGUCACCAACUGGUCACAGAUAUUUAAGAUUUGUUAGAAGAAUGAUGAUGGUGGAGUUUGGAUCUAUGUUUGAUCUACACGAUAUUAUACAUGGUAAAAAUGUGAUGAAUGAAAUGAUAUGCAGACGAACAUUCAGACAAAGCAACCUUUACGUAAUGCAGAAAGCACCCAAAACAAACCUGUUGGUGUACAAAGUGAGUGAUGGUUGGGAACCGCUUUGUAAAUUUCUUGAUGUACCAGUUCCUAAUGUUCCGUUUCCGCAUAAAAAUGCUAGAGGGGGCUUACUGGAAACUUUAAAGGAACAUCCAGUAUUUCUAAGAAUGAGACGUGAAACAAUCUUAUCUUUGGGUCUCAUUCUUACACUUUGUGUGUAUGGAAUCUACAAAGCAUAUACCAUGCUUAUAAACCUUUUACUGGAUACUUUAAUUUAAUAUAUUACCCAAUAUGUUAAGUGCAUAUUUACUAAUAUACUUUCUCUGAUAGCUCAGUUAUUAUAGCCAACCUAAUAAUUAUUAUUAAAAUUAUGCAACAUCAAUAGGCUUUAAUAGAUACUCUGUCACGAUAUUUUUCACACAAACAGUUAUUAAUUAAUUAUUAAACAAAAGUUAGAUUAUUACGUCAUAUAUUACAACAAUUGUUGGCUAUCAAAUGGCUAAGUUUAAGCCAAGAAUUUGUUUAUUUAUAAUUUUAUUAAAAUAGAUGUUUGUACAUUCUAGCAAAAUAUUAAUUGUAUGUUUAAUUUAACUUGAGUCAGAAAUCCAUGUUUGUGUGAUUCUAAUUC